CGGCACUCUACCGAGGGCAAUAAACUGAGAUUCUGUCUCUACAAAAAAAAAAAAAAAAGCAAUUAAAUCCCCCAGCACCCUUUCUGCUUAUUCUUCCAAUAUAAUACACAACGGGGCCCACCUUACCACAUCUUGGUUGAUACCAACUUUAUCAACUUUUCCAUUAAAGCCAAACUGGACUUAGUACAGUCAAUGAUGGACUGUCUGUAUGCCAAGUGCAUUCCUUGUAUAACUGACUGUGUAAUGGCUGAAAUUGAGAAAUUGGAGCGGAAGUAUCUAGUGGCCCUCAGGAUUGCCAAGGAUCCAAGAUUUGAACAAUUACCACGCACACACAAAGGAACCUAUGCAGAUGACUGCUUAGUACAGAGAGUAACUCAGGACAAGUGUUACAUCGUGGCCACAGUUGACCGAGACCUUAAACGAAGAAUCCGAAAAAUCCCUGGAGUUCCCAUCAUGUAUAUUUCUAACCACAGAUACAAUAUUGAACGGAUGCCAGAUGAUUAUGGAGCCCGUCAGUUCUAAUUCUUAUAAGACAA